CGACGAUCUUCUUACGACAGGCAGCAUCAGCAUACCAGCCGCUCACCACCACGCAGCCACCGCCAUCAGUCGCUGAUACACACCCACACCUCACCACAACCACCUCUUUUCACCCCUCACAAUGAAGGGUCACGCCUUCCGCAAAUUGUCCCGAACCUCGGGCCAUCGCAAUCACCUCUUGCGGAACCUGGUCACCUCGCUCUUCCAGCACGAGAGGAUCUCUACGACCGUGGCAAAGGCAAAGGAGGCCCAGAGGGAGGCAGAGAAGAUCAUCACAAAGGCAAAGAGGUCGCAGCAGAUGGAUAGGAGAGGAGCUAAUCAGCAGGCCGCAAAGGCUUCUGGAUAUGUAUUCGCCCGAGAUACCACUGUUCCCAUCCUACAACAGCUCGCACAGCGCUAUGCCGAGCGUCCAGGCGGGUACACCCGUCUACAUCUCCACGGCAACCGUCCAGGCGACAAUGCUCCUCGUGCUCUGCUCGAGCUAGUGGACAACAGCAAAGGUGAUCUUCGCUUCGAGAUGACUGCUCGAGCUAUGGCUCGUGAGACGCUACUGCGCUCCAAGCGAAGUGGUCAGUCCACCUCUCAGCUUGGGAGUGCCCUCUUCCUGGAUCAGACGCAGGUGACGCGAUUCGAGGACAACAAGGAGGCGUUCAAUGAGCUCACACGGCUCAACAUCAGGAAGCUCGUAAGAUAUACUGGUCGUUCAGAAGAGGAGAUGAGGCGGGAACUUGCGGCCAAGGCUGAGGUACAUCUCAGGAGACUUAGAGCCGCAGAGGAGAUUGAUGGGCCUGGACAGGCGAGACCGGAUGAGGAGCUCAUGGAGGACAAGACUUGGAAGGAUCUGGCACCAAGGGGGAGAUUGCUCACGCCUCCUCGUAUCGGUAGGAGGUACAAGGCCGGUGGAAAUGUAGAGGACAUGCCCACUGCUACCUCGAGCGGCAGCAGUAGUACUGCCACCCCUUCGCUACUACCAGGUCAAAAAGCCAUUUGGCAACCACAAUUGCUCAAGGGUAGGAAGAAGAACAGUGUCAUUCGACUUGGCAAGGGUCAAUUUGCAAAGAGGGCACAAAAUGGCACUAGAAGUAGGGCAACGAGUUUCAAGAGUAGCGCAGCGGCAGCCGUGCCUGCUGCUGGACCUAGUGGUGGUAGCAGGAGAGAGGCGAGGUUGUAGACUGAGCGGGGAGCGAUCGGGCGGUUUCGGACCAAUUUCAUUUUGUACUAGCAUUUCUUGUUCAAUUCACACUCAUACACAUAC